AUGGGCGAUUGGUUUCUUGUAGACCACUGGAGGCCGGUUAUUGUGAAGAGCCUUAGUACCCCAUUUGAAGAAAAAAAAAAGCUACAGACGAGCCUUUCAGAAAAAGCCGUCUCUUGUCAGCGACUUCUUGAAAUGUCCACGAUGGCUCGGAAGUUACAAGCAAUGGUAACGGUCGUCACUCAGCCCAUCAUCAGGAUGAAGUAUUCACGGCCAAUGGUCCCAGGACAGUACCUUAUCAGCCCAAAAGUACUAGGGGGGAGCAAACAACGUGUCCGACCGAUUGACUUGUCCAGCUGGUGGUUCUUUUUUUCGCAUGGAAGCAACGGGGUUCAUGCCCAGAGCAUCGAAGCAUUGGCUGACGCGUGA